AUGUUCCAUGCUACUGGUACCGUUCUCGAGAAGACUAGUAUGGAGUAUCAACACGCGUGGAGCUCAAAGUAUGUGUUUAUUCCCGUAUUAAAGUAUAUUUUUGAGCGUCAACAUAGGGGCCAUAUCACAUUCUCAGGUGAUAAAAUUCCAUCGGACGAAAGUGCUAUAGUAAUUAGCAAUCAUCAAUCUUUUUCGGAUUUUUACAUGCUGCAUUCAGUUGCAAUACGUAGAAAUAUGUUACCACAUGUCAAAUAUUUCGCAAAAGAUUCCUUGAAAUAUAUCCCUUUUUUUGGAUUCGGCAUGUGGCUUAUGGGAAUGAUCUUCAUUAAACGAAACUGGACUCGGGACGAAAGCCAACUUAAAAAAAUAUUCAAAACUAUUAAAGCCUAUGCAGCGCCUAUUUGGAUAGUUAAUUUUGUUGAAGGAACAAGAUUGACUUCAAGGAAGUUGUUAGAGAGUCAAAGAUUUGCAAAGGAACGUGGUUUACCAAUCUUACGAAAUCUAUUAGUGCCCCGUACAAAAGGAUUUGUAGCAUGUGUUCGUCAAUUACGGGAUGCCCAUGUGCAAUAUGUUUACGGUAUUAGAUAUUAUUUUUAUAUAUUCUUAACUCUGACACAAGUUGAAGAUAACUUAGAAUCCUUAUUAUAUUUAGACUUUACAAUUGCAUAUCGUCAUAUUACCCAAGGAUUUCAAUUUCCACCAAAUCUUUUACAAGUUCAUUCAUACUCACCUCUCUCACCGCCAUGGUCAUUCCAUGUCCAUGUAAGACGAUACGCAAUUAAAGAUUUGCCCCAAGAAGAUGAAAAGUUGAGCGAAUGGGUUAGGCAAAUUUUUGUGGAGAAAGAUGCUUUGUUGGAAGAUAUGAAAACACGGUGGACGCAGAGCGAUAGGUUGGAUGGUGUUAAGGAAGAAAAAUAUUUUUAA